CGAUGGCUCAACAUCACCUUCGGUCGUUGUGAAUGAAGCAGCUGAGGUCUGUGGUGCUGAAAGGACAGCUCCUGCGCUCUCCAAACACCUGCAGGUAUGUUUACCCGGAUGUUAAAACUGAGACUUCUCAAUGCUGUGGCACCUGCAUACUUCUUCAUGGCUACAGCUGCCACCUUCGUUUUGCACUUCUGCUAUUUCAUUCCAACUAUCUUCCCCAGCCCGGACACAUCACUGAGAGGCUCUACAGCUCUGCACACAGUUGUUUUCCUUUUCUUGAUGUUCAACGCCCUGGGAAAUUAUAUAAUGACUAUUAAAUAUCCUGCUGAAAGUGCCAAUGAGACUGUGAUUCCUGUGUGUUCCCCGCACUGCUCCGACAAAGUGGACGCACACUACCUCCUGAAUGGCCGCCACUUUUGCAAACUGUGUAAGAAAGUUAUUCUCAAGAGGGAUCACCACUGCUUCUUCACUGGAAACUGCAUCGGCAACAAAAACAUGCGCUACUUCAUCAUGUUUUGCAUUUACACCUCAUGCACCUGUUUGUACUCCUUGGUUCUUGGUGUGGCCUUUCUAACAGUGGAGUACUCCAUCUCCUUUGAAAACCCACUCACCUUCCUGACUCUUCUUCCUCUCUCCACUGGUUACUUCUUCAUGGGAACCGUCUCAGGUCUGCAGCUGUUCCUGGUGCUGAUGCUCUAUGUGUGGCUGGGUAUCGGUCUGGUCUGUGCAGGUUUCUGUUGCCAGCAGGUGUUGCUGGUGGCCCGAGGACAGACCUGGUGUCAGAUGCAGCGGGGUGAGCUCGUGGAGAAUCACAACCCGUGGAGAAACAACCUAAAGGAUGUGUUUGGUACCCGCUGGAUCUUAGGCAUUAUUCUGCCUGUGCAGACAGUGGAGAUGUGCUCUGAGGACACGGAUCCACAGAAACAAGACUGACAACUGUGCGUCUUGCCCAUAUAGCUCCAAAUAGAUCACACAAGCAGCUCAAGUUGUAGGAAGUGCUUAUUUUGGGUGAUUUUAAAUACUAAAUGGAUGCUUUACUUUUAAAUUAGUUCUUAAGAUAGUUUGCUUUUAGCACACAUUCCUUUAAGGACAGGAGCCAUAUAAGCAAUGUGAAACUUUUGUAUAGUGCAUAGUGUAAUUUCACAUAGCAAUAUUAAGACUUAUAAGUUGGUUAUUUCGGACAGUUGCUACAGUACAUGCUCGCAUCAAAAUAUUAGGACUGAAAUGCAUAUUCUUUUGCAGCUUUGCGUUUUUGUACUCUGCUCUUACAGUUGCGGAAAAAAAUAUUAGACCACCCCUUGUUUUCUUCAAUUUCUUGCACAUUUUAAUGCCUGGUACAACUAUAGGUAC